UGAUUCCUCUUCAGGUGAGCAGACGAUCUGUGUGUGUAGUCCGUGGGUGAGGUGGGGCAGAGAGUCUCCCGGUCAACUUGUUAAAAAGUUCACGGCGUGUCGGUUUAUGGCGGAAUUCUCCACGAGCGGCACUGAAACACGUUAGCGGGAGUCAGGCGGAGCUGUGAGACGCUGGACUGAGACAGACCGGGGACAUGGCGUCCGGUAAGAACAAGAACCAGACGUCUCUGGUCCUCCAUAAGGUGAUCAUGGUGGGCAGCGGCGGCGUGGGGAAGUCAGCGCUUACCCUGCAGUUCAUGUACGACGAGUUAGUGGAGGACUACGAGCCCACCAAGGCCGACAGCUACAGAAAGAAGGUGGUCCUGGAUGGCGAGGACGUUCAGAUCGACAUCCUGGACACGGCCGGGCAGGAGGACUACGCCGCCAUCAGAGACAACUACUUCCGCAGCGGGGAAGGUUUCCUGUUGGUGUUCUCCAUCACGGAGCACGAGUCCUUCACCGCCACGUCCGAGUUCAGGGAGCAGAUCCUGCGGGUGAAGGAGGAGGAGGCCAUCCCCCUGCUGCUGGUGGGGAACAAGUCGGACCUGGAGGAGCGGCGGCAGGUCUCUGCUGACGAGGCCACGGCCAAGGCCGGCGAGUGGGGGGUCCAGUACGUGGAGACCUCGGCCAAGACCAGAGCCAACGUGGACAAGGUGUUCUUCGACCUCAUGAGGGAGGUCCGUAAGAAGAAGAUGGCCGAGAGCAAAGACAAGAACGGGCCGAGCGGCAAGAAGAAGAAGAAGCACUGCCUCAUCCUGUAACCUGCACCCUGAGGUGACACAGUGCCAAAACCAAAGAGAAACAGUCAGAUGGACUCAAACAGGCAGCGAUGGCAGCGAUGGCGGCGAUGGCGGCGGCAGGUCGCAGGUCAAACACUUGCUCCGUCAGCUGAGGAGGAAACACUCCUGAUUAUUUUCACACCUCACCUCCAGACGUGUCGGAGGAGUCUCACCUCCAUUUAUUCUUUAUGUCCAAAGCUGUCGGUGUUUUUCUGCUUCCUCUUUAUGUUACAGAUUCUGCUCUGUGUGGCCAAAAGUAUGUGGACACCUCACAGGGGAAAUGUCAUCCAGAACGUCCGGACACAGCAGUUUGUAAAACAUGUUUAUACCACAGAUUAUAUCAGAUUAAAUAAUUAUCUUAAUAAAAAAUAAUUAUUUAAUCUGAUAUAAAUAAAUAAUAAAUAAUUAUUUUAAUAAAAAAUAACUUCCCCAACGCCUUUUCCUGGCAUUAUCCCGGCAGGACACGUAGCGAUGUCUCAUUAAAAAACAACCGCUUUUUAUGGCACUAUCCUUGUGGGAAAUGCAGCGCUGUCUUGC